UCAUCUGUCAAAGUCGAUACCAUACCACGACGUAUGCACAUGAAACACUACCUGCCUGCAGGACCUCAAGCACUGCUUCAAUUUUCACCAAGCAAUCAGAGGGACUCCAAUCCGAAGAAGUUCGAUUUUUCCCUCAGAUAACCGACCAUCACAAGGACUUGGAUUUAAUUAUUUCCCUCAUCUGACUUUCAAAACGUGCGGCUAUAAAUCAUGGAGCAUUAAAAUGGAGAGGAAGAAAAAGGUGUUAGUGUUCGAAAUUUGUGGAAGCAUGAUGUGGGAUGGAUAGAAAAAGUGCAACCUCUACUAUGGCCUCUAAUGACCCCAACCCUCUUGACCCCCCUGGGACCCCCCAGCCUGGUGACCUCAUUGAGAUCUUCAGACCGGCCUAUCAGCACUGGGCUCUGUACCUGGGAGAUGGUUAUAUCAUCAACUUGACACCUGUUGAUGAGAGUCAGGCUGCAGCCAUCUCCAGUGUGAAGUCAGUGUUCAGUCGAAAGGCAGUGGUCCGAAUGCAGCUUCUAAAGGAAGUGGUUGGAGACGACUCGUACCGGGUCAACAACAAAUACGACGACGACCACACUCCAUUGCCUGUCGAUGACAUAAUUCAGCGAUCUCAAGACCUCAUUGGCCAGGAGGUGUCUUAUGACCUGUUGGGCAGUAACUGCGAGCACUUUGUCACCUUGCUGCGCUAUGGGGAGGGGGUAUCUGAGCAGGCCACACGGGCCAUUGGAGCUAUCAGUUUGGUGACAGCUGCAGCAAGUGCCUUCUCUGUUCUUGGACUGAUCAACACACGCUCCAGAAACCGACCCUUCUGAAGCCCCUCAACAACAGCAGCACUGUCCUUCUUUUGGUUAAGAGGAUUGAUGGAUACUCAUCUUUACCCACUGUCAUAAAACAUGGAUGCAAUGACCUUUUGUAUCAUCAUUUGUAUGAGGCCAAGCAGACAAAGUACUGUAUACAGUAGAGAUGUUGCCAACAUUACAAUUAAUGGAGUAUCUUGCUGGAGAUACACAUUUGGAGAUGUUCAAAGGAUUGGUUGUGUGAGAAUGAAGUUAUAAUGAAAUGUAAAAUGUAACAAAAGAAUAAUCAAUAAAGAACUGAAAUAGUAUCGCAUCCAUUACGAAAGGAGACUGCAGUUAGAGUGCAGUAUAACUACAGUAUGUUGCAAAUACUACGUCCAAAGCAACAGUUUUUUUUACUGCUAUAAUUUUGCAUUGUAACUGCAGUUAGAGUGCAGUAUAACUGCAGAAUAAUGGAGCAGUUGAACUGCAGUUAUACUGCAAUUACUGCAUCCAAAAUACCACAGUCAACUGCAGUUACUGCAUGUUUACUACAGUUUCAAAAACAUUUAUUCUUUAUUAUGUUGGGUUUGAUUCUUCAUAUAAUACAAUCUUGUCAAGCACAGACAGUUUAAAACAUCAUCUAAAAUUCUAACGUAGAAAAACUGACAAAACGAAUUGAAUAAUAAUCAAAAACAAUGUAACGUGAAU